AUGGCAGACGAGUUUUUCGAGGAUGACAUCGACUGUGUCGAUGUGAAUGACAUCAUGGCAAACUUUAACGAUCUCACCAUUCGAUUGGAUGUUAAGGUAGGCUUUAUAAGGGUUUCGUUUUUCCUUUUUUUCAAUUUUACAGUAGUAGUUCUUGGCGUACUGUAACAAAAUUUAAGCGUUAGUAUUUUCUUUGUAACAAAAAAGUUUUGUCAUCGAUGUACAUUGCUUUACAUGGCAAAAAACGACAAGACUUUAUUGCGUUUUUUAAAUUUAAAAAUACAAAUUUAAAAUUAAAAUUUUAAAAUUUUGAAGACAUUUAUGACUUUUUAAAGACAGUAUAACAUAUUAUAAAUAAACAUAAUUACAGAUCGUAUACUCAAUAUACUAUGUAACAAUAUUUACUGUUGGUUUGAUUGGAAACGGGUUACUAAUCGCUAAAAUACGACGACAAAUGACGGUGGCUAAUGUCUUUCUUAUCAAUCUUGCCAUUUCCGACCUCGUAAGUUCAUCAUAUGUUUCAUAGAAGGCUUUAUAGGAUAGGAUAGGGUAAGGUAAGGUAGGGUUAGGGGGUGAAAAGCAAAUUGUGUAGGCCUGGCCCGGCCCACCCCGGUUUUACAAUUGAGCCGGGUCGGCCUUGAGCAAAAGUUGAAACGGGCCGGGUUUGAAAAGUAGGCCCGGGAGGGUAGGGUAGGGUGGUUGUAAAGAAAUGACCUUUUAAAGCUCUUUUAAAUAAAGAUCAAAAGUGCAAAGAUAACGUACUUAUUCCAGUACUAUAUAUAGCAUAAAGUUCUUUAAUUAUGCCUAUUUUUAACUCCGCAGUAAUGUAAUCAAAUUACAGUUAUUAUGUAUUACCGCACUUCCUAUAACGCCCGUUCUGGCCUUUAUGAAGCGAUGGAUCUUCGGUGACAUUAUGUGCAAACUGGUACCAUUUUGUCAAGGGAUUUCAGGUAAUAUUUGUGAUUUCAAUUUUUUCAAAAUAAGAUUUUAAAUUUCAAAAAAGUUCAAAAUCUUUAAAAUUAAAAAUUUAAUUACAUGAUGGAAUAUCGUCAUUUUUGGAAAUUUUAAAAUAAAAAGUACGAAAAAAUAAGUUUUUAAUAUUGUAAAAUACGCCGCCGAGACUGCAAUUCUGUAAAUGUUAAUUUUGAGUUUAAAAAAAGGUUUUUCAAGCCAAAAAAAUAGUUGAACUCUGUUUUUUGAACUAAAUAAUAGACUAACUUACCAAUUAUGAUUAUAACAUAAUUUAAUUUGAGGUAAUUUAUGUAAAUUUCUAAAAGUAAAACCAAAAAUUGUAGACACUUCUUUACACAAAGUAAUAGACAAACUAAACUAAAAUUUGGUGAAAAAUUGAAUUUUUAUGGUACUUUUUAUAUCAACGGUACUAAAUAAAUUUUUUCUGGUACUUUUGGUACCAAAGAUAAUAAAUAUUAACACUUUUUAUUUUAUAUAGUACUAAAUUGCAUUGAAUGGUAAUGUCUUAAAAUUUGCGAAUCAUAUCGAUUUUAAUAAAUUUAAGGUUAUUUAGCACCAAAAGUUACAAAGUCAUUAAUUUUUUCAAAAUACAGCACUAUGCAGUACUAAUACUAAAAAUGAAUGGUGAUUUAUUAUAUUUGAUACCAUUUAUAACCAAAAUUUGAAAAAUUUUUUGAUUUUUUUAAGAUUUAGAUUUAGUACUGUUUGGUACAAAAGUCUGCAAAAUUUUUAAAUUUUUAAAAUUCAGUACUAGGUAGUAUCAUUAUGAAUUACAAGUGACGGUUUUUGAAAUUUUAGCAAUAUUUGGUACAAAAAUCUUAAAAAAUUCAAAAUUUUUAAAUAUUAGUGCUAUUUACCAUUAUGAAAUACAAUUGAUGAUCUUUCAAAAUUAGUACCACUUGGUACAAAACUCUUUAAAAUUUCUAAAUAUUGAAAUUUCAGUACCAUUCAGUACCACAUCCAAAAAACAACUGUUUUUAUGACCAUAACCGUGCCCUUUUCUGCCGUUUGAUUCGAAAGUUUGCCUUUUGUUUUCGACUAAAAUGAGGUUUUGGCGCUUUGACCGGAACCCAAUCCAAUUUCGUUCCAAAAAACAGUUCAAAGUCUGAAAGUUUUCAAAUCCUCACGAGGGCCGCGCCCCCGGAAUUAGAAACAGAUGGCCAGUUAAACAGUCAAAAUAACCCCCAAACGGGCAAUCAAAUUGGUUGAGGGUGGAUGACUACCGUUUAAGCGCGUUUACAUUACACUGUAGAUGGACUUUCGGCACGAAAACAUGGGAAUGUGAGGGCAUGGUGAAAAGAAUGGCAAAAUGUUGCGAAUUAUUUCUUAAAUUUUUAAAAAAUCAUUGUCUUGAAAACGUUUCUCAGGUAUAGCACCCAAUGAUAGUAUCAAGUUCCAAAAAAAUAAAUAUUUUGGUCAUUUCUGGUAAUAUAUAUAAGUAAUAUCUUAACUUGCCUUACCCAACCUUACCUUACCCUACCCUGCCUUAUCCUACCCUGCCUUGCCUUGCCUUGCUCUACCCUACCCUGUGUUGCCCGGCCUUGCCUUACGCUGCAUUUGCCUUGUCUCGCCCUGCCCUUCACUGCGUUGUCCUUCCUUACUUUAAAUUGCCUUACCUUGCUUCGCUUUGACCUGCCUUGCCUUGUUCUUUCCUGUCUUGCUUUCCCUGCCCUGUCCUCUCCUACCCUUCCCUGCCGUAAACUACUUCACUAUUACCUCUUACUCAACCCUACCUUGCCUUGCUCUGCCCUGUUUUUGCCUAACUUUACCCUAAAUUUAGGAUUAUUUGGUACCAUAUUGUACCACUUUAAACCGCUAAAACCAAAAAUUUUUCUUGUUGAGACAGAAAACCAAAGGUACAAAAAAACAAAAUGAUACCUAAAAGUACUUCAAAAACCUCAAAAACUAAAAAUUUAACCAAACACCCCAUUCCAGUUCUGAUCUCAACCUAUUGUCUCUGUCUAAUCGCAGUGGAUCGAUACCGUAGCAUCGUGACACCUCUCAAAGUGCCAUGGACAACGCGACAAGCCCAGUUCUUUAUGUUCAUAUGUUGGGCGACGGCCGUCGUGAUAUCCUUGCCAUUGUUCAUAGCACAACAACUCAAGCACAUAGCGUUCAGUAAUAUCACGUUAUGUGGUCAAUUCUGUGGUGAAUACAACUGGCCAACCGACACUCGAUACAAGUUGGCGUAUGGGUCAGCAUUGUUGAUAUUAACGUACCUUAUACCUGUUAGCAUCAUGGCCUUUUGCUACUGGAAGAUAUUACAGAAGGUAGGGUGGUUGUGAAAGGGUUGGACAGGUUUGACAUGGUGUAUAUUAGUUAUGGUAAACAUAUGAGGGGGUGUCAUAAAAGUCUUGUCGUUUCUUAACUAAGCUCUGCACGUCUAUUUUUCAUUAUAUUGUAGUAGGCCUAUACCUCCUUAUCCUAUCAUAUUGUUACAGGUACGACAAGACUGGAUAGUAAACACUGGCUCUAUGCUAACCGAAGCCCAGCAAGCCCACACCUCAGUACGGAAGCGACGUGUCAUGUACGUGCUCAUACUCAUGGUAGCCGUCUUCAUGGGGUCAUGGAUGCCACUUACCAUCGUCAACAUACUACGUGACAUUGGAGUGUCCGCGUUGGAAGUACAAAUGUACUUUAAGCUUUUGAAUGCACACGCUGUAGCAAUGUCAAGUAUCGUCUCCAAUCCAUUGUUGUACUUUUGGAUGAGCAAGGUAAAUAAGGUUGUGUAAGGUAGAGGACAGUAAGGUAGGCUAGGGUAAGGUACGGUACGAUUAAGCAGGGGAUUUUAGAGUAGGGUAGGGUAGCGUUAUACAUUUUAUUAUAACAUAUUAGGUUGUUCAAUUAAUUCUGUGCCCUCAAACUCCACAAAUUUGUUUUGAGAGGGAGCACAGAAUUAUUUGAACAGCCUAAUAUCAACAUGUACAAAUAAGAAUGAGCCAAAAAUUGCAAAUUUUGGCGCUUUGAAUGGCUCAUCCAUAUUUGAACAAGUUGAUUACCAAGAAGAUGUUAAUGCCAUUUUAAAUUACAGCGACACCGCCGCGCCCUGAAAGAUGACAUGUUUUGGCUGACCAAUGUCCGAAGACAACAUCAGAUGGGUCUGCUAGAGAAGUUUGCCCCCUCACCAUCAGUUGGGAUAAUGUAUAGGAAGAGUUUGGAGAGGCACCUACUCAACACAAAAUAUAAUCCUUACAGGUAAUGAAAACACUAUUAUUUUAGCUGAGUUUUUGAAAAUAUUAAGAUGACUUUGAAAACUAUGCUAUCCUUUUUCAAAUGUAGUGCAAAUUUAAAAAGUUUGACCUAAUGUUAAAGGACCAGUCGGGGUAAAUCUUUUGUUCUGUUUUUCUGCAACAAAUCAGGCAAUCAGGGAUUUAGCGAUUGGCAAAUCGUUCAAAAAAUUAUUUUUUCGUUUUUAUUUUUCGAAGAACUUUUUGUUUUUAUUGGUCGUUUAUUGUCGAAUCUUUUAGUGAAAAAGAUCGAUUCUAACUGAUUUUAUGUAAGAUAUGUUAGAAUAUACAUGGUUUUACAUCUUUCAAACGUUUUUUUGUACUUUGAGCAAAAAAAUCGUUUGAAAACUUGAAAAAUACAUGUAUUUUCGUCUUCUCCAGCUAAACUGGCCAUAUUCCAUCUAAAAUAACAUGGAAAGAAUUCAAGAAUGAAGAAUGGAUUGUUAUAAUCGAAUCUUGACGUAUAUUGGAAUGAUAAAGAUCUUGGAUGCCCAGUCCAAUUGAAGUUCGGUAAGUUCUUAUUCGUUUCUUGUGUCUAAUGUUUUAGGUAUGAGAAACAAUUAUUGAAAUCGUUGAAGGAAUACUGGGUAAAACCGUUAGAGUAAUUUAUAAAACCAUGGUAAAGGAAUUUAGAAUAUUGGCAUAAAUUUGAUGUAGAUGUAGGUUUUCGAAGCUUCAUUGAGAUUUAGAGACAGGUCCAAUGGAUUUUUCGAUAAAUAUCUCGUUGUUUGAUUGAACAUUUCAGAUUACUAGUUGUUAAAGCUUUAUAAAGUUGUGUUGAAUACUUUAAUUUGAUCAAUUGCAAUUGCAGUUAGUGGAAAAGGAAUUGGUUUUGAUUAACUUUUAGCAACAAAUUUAGGACAAGCGUUUUUGUUACCUAAAUAUAAAAUGCGAUGUUAACAUGCAUUAUUUAAGUGAGAAGUUAAAAUAACCUUUAUCCUCCGUCUGUUAAAAGUUCAACAAUCUCCUUCAUUGCACAAUUUUCCCAUCUUCCAACAAUUAUAAAAAGUGUUACCUAAAAUUAUAUUCAGCAUUAAACAAAGACUUUUUCCUCAAAACCUUGGUAACGCCUCUAAAGUUUGACUAUAUUGAGCUUUUACUCAAUGUUCGCCACACGGCUUGCAAACACUUUGCGGGAUUCAUGUUAACCUAAAACAUUAGACACAAGAAACGAAUAAGAACUUACCGAACUUCAAUUGGACUGGGCAUCCAAGAUCUUUAUCAUUCCAAUAUACGUCAAGCUUCGAUUAUAACAAUCCAUUCUUCAUUCUUGAAUUCUUUCCAUGUUAUUUUAGAUGGAAUAUGGCCAGUUUAGCUGGAGAAGACGAAAAUACAUGUAUUUUUCAAGUUUUCAAACGAUUUUUUUGCUCAAAGUACAAAAAAACGUUUGAAAGAUGUAAAACCAUGUAUAUUCUAACAUAUCUUACAUAAAAUCAGUUAGAAUCGAUCUUUUUCACUAAAAGAUUCGACAAUAAACGACCAAUAAAAACAAAAAGUUCUUCGAAAAAUAAAAACGAAAAAAUAAUUUUUUGAACGAUUUGCCAAUCGCUAAAUCCCUGAUUGCCUGAUUUGUUGCAGAAAAACAGAACAAAAGAUUUACCCCGACUGGUCCUUUAAAGUAUUUUUACAAGCAGUAGGCCUUUCUUUAAAGUUUGAGCACUAUUUUUAAAUAUUUGGUACUGUUUUUAAAAUUUGGAGCAAUUUUUUAAUUUUUUUAAAUUAUGAUUUAACACUACACUUUGAGGUUAACCUAGACCUGAAAGGGGCCGAAACAAAUUUGAAAAAAGUCUGACCUAAAAAUUGGGCCCGGCCUGGUCUCUUUACAUGUCUAGUCUAACCUAAUUUUUAAGCCAGCUCCGGAAACUUAAACCUUUUCCGUUAAACCGUUAUACCUUUGGUCAUUCUAUUCUAAUUUCAAUUUUGCCACUUAUAGGACAGGGUCGAGUAGUGGAGGGUAAGGUUCGGGCAGACAAGCUAAAUUUAAUGGUAGAGUAGUGUAUUUUACUUUCCUUGUUAAACCUUAUCUUACCCUACACAUCUUUACCGUUUCCUAAUUAACAUUUUAAUACCCAUCCUAACCCAUCCUACUCUAAACUAUCCUACAGUACCUUACUCUACCCUACCUCACCUUAUCACAUCCUGCCCUAUAAUACCAUACCCCACUUUAUUCUACCCUGACCUAGCCUAUUCUACCCACACUUCCUCUAUAAUUUUCAAAAACUGAGAGAAUUUUAAAAUCGUAACACUGUUUUUAAUACCUACUUCCAGACGCGGCACCCUGGCCGACCCGACCAUGAUGAGUCGAGAGAAGUCGUUGCAGGAAAUGCACGCGAACUGCUUCCUCCUCGUACCAUUAAUGCCUUUAUGCGUACCACCCACUCGAACAACCUCAACCGUCUCCUCGUCGAUGAAGAAUUCGUCGGUUUUGUUCCGACAAAAAAUGUAA